AUGACUACGGACCCCACAAUAAUACCCGUCAGCAAUUCAGCAUAUAAAGUGCCCCAUUCAGAUGAAAUACCUGCUAUUGUCAUUGAAAAUGGGUCCUCAUUUACUCGCGUAGGAUACGCUGGAGAAGGACUUCCUAGACAUGUUUUUAUCACGCGGUAUGGCAAGGAUGCCGAAGGCAAGUUUUAUUUCGGAGACAGAGCCGUGCAUCGCUUUGACUCCGGGAAAGAGAUUUAUGCACCUAUGGCUGAUGGGAUUGUACAAGAUUGGGAUGCAAUGGCACGCAACUGGAGAUACUGUUACCAUGAACUGCUGGGUGUAGAAGAAGACGCGACCAACGAGUUGCCGCUGGCGACAACUGAGCCGACUUGGAAUCCAGCUUCCAAUAAGUCAAAGGCUGCUGAGAUUGCUUUUGAAGAUUUAGGCGUGCCACUUUUCACAAUCGUCAAGAACCCCUUAUGCACUGCUUACAACUCGGAGCUUCCUACAGCACUGAUUGUGGACAUUGGCUCGAGUGUGGCGACUGUGACCCCCAUUUUGGACGGCAAUAUCAUUUCUAAUGGAUGCUUACAUUCGCGAUUUGCCGGCGACUUUGUAACUCUUCAUAUUGUCAAUAUGCUUAAAAGUAAGAAUAUUAACAUUGUGCCGCCAUACCGCAUCAAGAAACGGGUUCAGUUGGAUCUUAACCAGGCUCCUGAUGAGUCAUGCUACAGAUCGGACAUUGUCGACAAGGAUGUGACAGAGAGUUAUAAUUAUUUUGAGGUUGAUCGGUUGCUGGACGAGUUCAAAGAGACAACUUCGUUUGUUUCCGAUACUCCAUUACAAAUCGGCACAUACCAGAGCAAAGUGGCUCGGCCGUUUGAGCUUCCUGAUGGAUUCAAUACUUUGCUAACAGCCGAACGACUCUCAACUGUGGAGCCGUUGUUUAGGCCUAGUGCGUACCCUCUUCAGGGCAUUUCUAUCCCUGAGGGAUCGCUGGGAAUUUCUGAAUUAAUUCAGCAGAGUCUUGCGAAAUCAGAAAUUACACUUGAGACAGUGAGUGUUCUGCUCAAUAAUGUGAUUGUAGCAGGUGGAACAACACUGCUGCAGGGAUUGGCAACGCGCAUCAGUAAUGACUUGGCGGUAGUUUAUCCAAACAUGAAGAUGAGAGUUUUGCAGCAAAACAAUCAGCUUGCCCAAAAGAGCACUGUGUGGACGGGUGCUAGUAUUCUUGCCAGCUUGGGUCACUAUGAUACAACAUGGGUUACCAAGCAGGAAUACGAUGAGCUGGGAGCUGAUCUUGUGGAGAAAAGAUUUAAGUAA